AGGGGAAUCAAAGUGGUGUGGUGCAUAAAUACAGGCAAAUCUCCUCCACAGCCUUCUGAAUGCUAGAGAGGAGGAACCAAAGCAGACAUUGGUGGGGUUUAUUAAGCACUGAGGAGGUGACUAGAGCACUCAAAGCUCUACAGAGACAAAGAGGAGCAACCAAAGCAAUGUCACUGGCAGGAGUAAGCUGCCUGGUGACCGGCGCGGGAGGGUUCCUUGGCCGGAGGAUUGUUUGCUUACUGCUGGAAGAAGAUGAGGCGCUGGCUGAGAUCCGGCUGCUGGACAAAGCCUUCAGCAGGGAGGCACUCUGGAAUUUUGGAAAGUUCCAGGGCAAGACUGAGGUGAAAAUCCUGGAAGGGGACAUCCGAGAUGUGGAGUUCCUGCACCGUGCCUGUCAGGGGGUCUCGCUCGUCAUCCACACGGCAUCCAUCAUCGAUACCCUGGGCCUCGUGGAGAAGCAGCUGCUCUGGGAAGUCAACGUGACAGGUACUCAGAUGCUGCUGGAGGCAUGUGCUCGUGGUAAUGUUCAGCACUUCAUCUAUACCAGCACCAUAGAGGUAGCAGGCCCAAACUGCAAGGGUGACCCAAUUUUCAACGGUGAUGAAGAUACACCUUAUGAGAGUACAUCCAAAUUUCCUUAUGCUCAAAGCAAGAGGCUGGCAGAGGAAUCUGUGCUGAAGGCAGAUGGCCAGAUGUUGAAGGAUGGAGGCAUGCUCGUGACCUGUGCCCUGAGAUCCAUGUACAUUUUUGGAGAAGGAUGUCCAUUUCUUCAAGGUCAUUUGGAUAAGUGCCUGCUGAAUAAAAACGUCUACCUGCGUUUCUCCAGGAAGGAGGCUUUAGUAAACCCUGUGUAUGUGGGGAACAUUGCCUGGGCACACGUGCAGGUGGCCAAAGCUUUGCAGGUCCCACAGAAAGCCAGACACAUCAGGGGGCAGUUCUACUACAUCUCAGAUGACACUCCUCACAUGAGCUACGCAGACCUAAAUUACGAGCUGACCAAGGAGCUGGGCUUUGGAAUUGAGCCCUGGCUCCCCAUGCCUCUGACAAUGCUGUAUUACUUCUCACUGCUGCUGGAGAUCGUGAGCUUCAUGCUCAGGCCCUUUGUCAGAUACAUCCCCUCAACCAACCGCCACCUGGUCACUCUGCUGAACACCCCCUUCACUUUCUCCUACAGAAAGGCACAAAGAGAUUUUGGCUACGUGCCCCGCUAUACGUGGGAAGAGGCAAAGAGGUACACUAGCCAGUGGAUUGCCUCCAUUGUCCCACAGAGGAGGGAGUACUUAAAAAGCAAGAAAGCCUAAAUGCUAAGAAGAGCAGAGGGCUGCCUCACCAAGGCUGGCCCCUCAUGAACCAGAAGGCAGCUGGGUAAACAGCAACAGCAAAUAACUACCCAGUGUUUGAUUGAAAAGAGAAAAAAAGAAAGUGUAACAGCAGACUCAAUCAUCCCCAGAACCAAAAUAAAUAAAGGUGAAAUGUCCGUUUGUUUGUCAAGAACAGUCUGAUCAGGGUAAUGUUAUUGUAUAGUCUUAGUCCUACACUUGGGCAGCACGAAGAUGUUGAAUAAGACUCCACACAGCCCUUCUUCUGACUCCACGUAUUCUUUAAGGCUUUUUAAAGUAAUAAAGGCACAAUUUGCUCUAGAAAGAUGACUACAGUUUACGAGCGUGUUAAGCUACACCCAACUCAUUCAGCAUUACACAGCAGGCAGAAGCCACUCGAUAGCAAAAGCAGUCACUAAUCUUGCUCACUUGUUCAAAAAUGUUGCCCAGCUUUCUGCAGUACUGACAGUACAACCUGAGAGGAAAUAUGGGCAGAGAAAGCCAACAGCACAGGGUUCGGUGCAACAUUAUCUUUAAUGAAGGCAGCUGUGUAGAGGGAAAGGAACAAAGUUAUAUCUGUUCUUCAUCUCUUCUCAUUUUCCUAGUUAAGAUUUAUCAAACUUGAUGGCAGCCCAGGAGAACUAGAGCUGCAAUGUGAUGGAAAGGAGAAAAAUACUGCAGGACAGCCUUGGUCACUGGGGACAUUCCGCUGCAGAUUAAAGAUGUUUGAGAACACUGGAGAAAUGACAAACAUGGCUGAAAAGAAAUGUAACACUAUUUUCAGGUUUCACCUGGGAGCAGAGGUUAACAUUAGCCAGUAGGUGCAUGUGCAUGUAUCCCGUUCCUGUGUUUUUUUCCUUCUGGCUCUGUACAGCUUGUGUUGUAAAAGAAAACAACUGGUUCAUUUUGUUUUGUUAUGGUUUGGUUGUUUGUUUGUUUGGUUGGUUGUUUUUUGGGUUGGGAGGAGGGGUUGGCUCAAACCUAGCUUUGUGAGGCCUUUUUUGAUUUUGGAUAAGAGAUGUGUGUGUCUGUGGUAGUACUCUUAUGGUUUGUAUGGUGGGGCACCCUACACACACUAUCCUGUGCAAUUUCUGUAGAUUACAACAGUACUUGAACUCGCCAAACUAGUGCAUAUAUCUCUCAGCUUUUGAAUUGCUUUGGAAAUGCUCAGAUGGAAAAUUCUAUUCAUAUGUAACUUGGGAGCAACAUGCAGUGAUGUGGUGUGGUGUAAGUAAUACCUUCACUCUGCCCAAAUGGAGUAUAAACAAGCCCAAGAAAUAUUUUGUAGCAGUUGUGGAAUCCUUCCCUUUCUCUUACCCCCACCCUGCUUUCCAUUAUGCUUACUGGUGUUUUUUUUUCCUUCUUCACCACCGUGGACGGUUAUUUAAGCAUGGAUUUCAAGCAACCUUUGAGCCCCCAGGAGGUGUGAAAGGCACCACUCCCUGCUGACUGAUCUGUUGGGCCACGGGUGUCACACCAAUGGAGAGAAAAGAAGAAUGAAUAAAAGGGAAACUGAAAAGUGGAGGAUAAAAGGCCCACCCUAAAAUAAGUACUUUGGAGAAGAACUCCCAAAGAAAAAAAAACCUUAGACGGAGUAAUUCCCUGAGGGGAAAAAGCACCCCUCCCUCCCCUCUCUGCCCCAUGGCCCGCUUGCUGCAAAGCUCCUUGGCUUUCUCCCAUCCCCUGCAGUGAUUGAAUGAGUUCCUGGGAUCAACAGCACCCACGGUGGUGACCACCUGUCUUCUUUCUGCAGAGACUCCUUGCUUUAAUUUCCUACACGUUUUCUAUCACCCAUCUUCCCCAUACUCCUGAGCAACUCGGAUUUGUAAUCAACUGGUUUGGCUAACAUUCGACCCAUUGUGUCUUCAUCUCACCAUCAGGUAUACAUGUACUAAAAGAGCCUCCUCUCCCUCCUAUAAAUUGGAGUGAGAACAUAGGCCCAAAAAUCUAGCAACUGUCUGAACAAAUGCCUUUCCUGAACAUAAAGUAUGAUUCAACAUUUUAUUCUUAAAUCUACAGUUCAGUUGCUGAAAACAAUUCUAAAAGAUGGGAUGCUCUGUUCAGGAUGGUGUGAACAGAAACACUUUACCAGACUAGAUUUCAGAUAUGCUGGCAGCUUAAAGUCUGUAUUGAUCUUAAUUAAUCAAUGUCCUAGACAUUACACUGUCCUAAUGCAAACAUCACCAUUUUCUUUAGUAACAUCUUAGUUUAACUAGGCAAUAUCCAAAGCAGUAGAAUACUAGCAACCAGAACUUCCAGUCAUAUUCUGGGGACAGUGAUACAAGUCAUUUGAGAUUCCAUUGCAGGUUUUGCAAAUUUUCAGCAAACUAGUUCUGCAAAUGUUAUUUGAAUAAAUGCCAUCACUUCACUGAACAUCUCUGUCAGAGCUUAUCCGUUAUUAACAUGCACACAGAUCUGUCUUACGCUGAAGAAGAUCUAUCCCUGCUGCACUGUGUGCUAGUAAGUCCUUUAUAGAAUGAGGAGGCUUGGAGAUAGCUUGAAGGAGAAGUGACUUGCAGGAGAGAUUUGGAGUUGCAAAUGCAUGGAUAGAACCUACACCAAGAAAAUUUCUGUGUGUGCUGAAGAUCAAAAACAGACAAGAGGCAUUUGUCUCACCUUAUUCUGCUCAAGGUAGAUGAGCAGCACAUUGGUGUGAGGACUGUAAGGCAGCAGUGCUAUCAUUAUGGCAUGACCCACAUUCCUCAGCAUUGAACUUAAAAGAAUAGGAAAUUUUUAAUAAAUAUUUUAAUUCUCCAAUGAA